UUUGAUCAACUCAAGAUUUGCGGACCUCGAAGAUCAUUUUAACCGCAACAGCGAAAUAAUCUAUAACUACCAUCAGAAAUUGCAAUCAACGCGGUCUGAUUGAAAAUCAACAAUCAAAGACCAUUUGUUGAUGGAGGAAUAAGCCGAACUGAAGAUGUCAAGUCGGAGGAGAAAAGCAGCGGUUACCAAGAGGGUGGUUGAGGAGGCGGAUACAGGUGACUCUGACAGUCGUAUGGAGACGGACAGCGAUGUCGUACUUGCUCCAUCGAUGAGCAAGCCACCAAGAAAGGAGGCAACAGAUAUUGGUACUGCUAUACCGGAGGAUUUACCAGAAGGCACAGUUGUUGUCCAGCCAGAGGCUGUAGACGACUCUCCAGACUUCAGCGAACCAGAGUUCAGGCCGAAAAAGGGACGGAAAAAUGAACACCAUGGAUCAAAAGUCACAGAGCAAGAACUUGGCCAACAGCAUUGUACAGCUUGUAAUAACCAGAUUACUCAUCUCAAACAUCUAAAGCGACACCCUGCGCUGAAAGUCCUCAUCUGUAAGAAAUGCUUUGAAUGGUACUCAGGCGAUAAGUUCGACCAGGAUUCAAAUGGAGUGGAUGAGCAAUGUCGUUGGUGCGGUGAGGGGGGCAACCUCCUUUGCUGUGACUUCUGCUGUAAUGCAUUCUGCAAGAGCUGCAUACGGAGUAAUCUUGGGCGGUCUGAGUUGUCAUCAGUCCUCGAUGCAGAUGAGGACGUGCCAUGGAAAUGUUACGUCUGUAAUCCACUACCACUCGCAAGUUUGAUUGCCCGCUGCACCAAAAUUUUGAAAAAAGCUGAUGAAGUUCUGCACCAACGAAAAUAUGAACGAGAAAACCGGGAGAAAAAAGAACGCGAGGAGAAAAAAAAACUGGGGGAGAGAAGACGACACGUGUCACGUCAAACAUCUAUUCCAGCUACUGCUGGUAGGGAGAGUGACAGUGGUGCAAGCAGCCUUGGACUGGACGAGUGGGAAUAUGAUUACUCUGAGUCAGAACUGGAGAAAAAGGUUGAUACGUUAUUUGAAUGGCAAACGAAGUUUGCUCUGGCCUUGACCUCCUUCAGGAAACAGAUUCGUUCUUUAAAGGAUUUUGACCGUAAUAAGCCACAGGAGCGAAAAAGAUUAAAAGACAGGAAAAAAAGCAUUGUGUCUGAUCUGAUGAUUAUUUCGAAAAAGGUUGGUAAGGAAUUGGACAGUAUUGAAAUUGAGAGAGUAAGAGUUCGGAAGAACACUGGGAGUGGACGUGUGUCCCAAGGAAGCCAAGGUUGUGGUUUACACAGUUUGUUGACUGGAAGUCUUGACCAGGUGCAAGGUAGAACUGGGAGUCAAGGGUCGAACUCUGCGCUGAGGGGGCAGCUCCGAUAUCCAACGUCUGCUGGGAAGAACAAAGAGUUGAAUGGGACAAAAGCAACCCAGGAAGCCAUUGUUAUUGAUGACGAUGAAGACGACGAUGACUGCCUGGAUAAUCUGACAUUUGAGGAUUUGGCAAAGAUUUCUAAGAGGAAGCAAAACGAGGUCGUGUCUGCUUUGGGGAAGAUGACUGGGAAGAAAGAAGAGAAAGAGGUGGAUGGAGAUGUGGGGAAGAAAAAACAGGCAAAAAAACAACCUGAAGUAAAGAAAUCUGUGGAAAAAAAGAAAGAGGAGCCGAAAAAACCUUUUGUACCAGCAAGGAAACGUCAAGUCAAUGAGAGCACUAAGGAAAAGACACCAGUGAAAGCAAAAAAUAUGUUGUUUGGAGAGAGGAAGAAGUCUGCUAAGGAUGAUAAGGAGUCAGUGUCUGGUGAGGAAUCUGAUGAUGAGGAUGAGGGAGAAGAGAGGAGUGAAAGUGGAAAGAAUAAAAAGACUGUUGACAAAUCUAAAGAAAUCGGGGGAAAUGAGGAUGGAGAUGUGGUGGAGUCCAUGGAGGUUGAUGAAGCAGAGAAUGAUUGUGGUUCACCAGUUGAAUUUUUGGAUCCUUUAUCAGGUGAAAUGACAAGUAAAGAGAGUGGUGGAACUAGCGCCAAGAAAAAAGGGAGUGAAAAUGAAAGGGAUGGAUGUGAUGAUGGGUCAGAGGAGGAGGAUGCUGAGGUCAGUGACCUGACGGAAAAAGAUAAGAAGAAGAAGGGAAAAAGUACCUCCGAAAAUGGUAAAAACGGUUCAGAAGCAGAUAAGGUUGAUAAAGAUAAAUCUGAAAAAGGGAGGGAUCAUUCAAAAAGAUACGAUGACAGUUCCACUGAAGGGGACGUGAGUGAGAGUGUAAAGAAAACUGAUGAGAAGCGGAGAGGGCGUUCAAAGUCGCAGAAGAGUGACAAAGCUUCAACUGUGGAAGAAUUGGAUGAAGUUGGUGAAGGGAAGAGUCGUUCAACAAUGGAUGAUGAUGGCUCAUCAGAAGAGAUGAGCGAGACCAAGAAAACUGAUGAGAAGAGAAGAGGUCGUUCAAGGUCACAGAAGCAGACGGCUGAUAAGGAGGGGUCAACUGGGGAAGAAUCGGGUCAAGUUGAUAAAGAUAAAGUUGAGAAACUUAAGGGAUGCUCAAAAAAGGACAACAAUGGUUCAUCAGAAGAAGAAUUAGAUGAAAGUGAGAAAAGGAGAGGUCGUUCAAGAUCAGAAAAGCAGGCUCGUGAAAAGGGAUCAGCUAGGGUGAAAGAGAAGGAGACUGUCAUUGAGACGAGGGGACGUUCAAAGAAAACUGGGAAUGAUUCUGCUGAGGAAGGAAGUGGAAAAGAAACUAGUCAAUCAAAGUCCCAGAAAAUUGAUAAAGAAGGAUCAGAAGAGGAGGAAAUGAUUGAAAAGACAGACACUGGUGAUGAGAAAACUCAGAAAAAUGAUAAGGAGGGUUCUGCUGGUGAAGAAGGUGAAAUAUCUGUGGAGAAGCGACAGCGUCUGUCAAGAAAAGAUGGAGAAUCUGAAGAGGCGGGGAAAGAAAUGGACAAGAAGAGUAGGAGGAAAAGUGACACGCCAAGCAAAAGGAAAUCAGCAGUGAUUGGUGGGGAUUCUGAGAGUGACAGUAGUGAGUUCGAUCUGUAUGCGUCUACUGACGAUGAGAGGAAAAAACGUAAACGUAGAACAAAGAAGGUUACAGGGAAGAAAGGGAGAAAGGAAGCUGGUUCGGACGAAAUGGAGGGGACGGAUGUGGAUGAGAAUGAAAAAGCUCGGAAGGCACUACUUAGCAUGAUGGGUGACAGCAGUGAUUCUGAUUCUGAAUCGACGCAUAAAUCACCAAAGAAAAAGAAGGUAACUCAAAAAAAGAAAGGGCAGCAUUCUCAGUACAAGUCUUCGACUGAAGAUGAAAAGAAAACGACCAGAAGGUCGAGGGGGAGAUUUGUGGGAGAGAAAAAAUCUAGUACCAAGGCACCCAAGACUGAGAAACUAAAACACGAAUCAGACUCUUCAAAUUUCGAUUCUGAUUUGGAGAAAGAAAUUGACCAGCUGUCAAAAAAACCUCACAAAACACGACGAAAGAAAAAGUCACCAAUUUCUGAUGACGAGUCCGCGGAUGCUGAUGACAAUGAGAAAAAGACAGAGAAAAAGAAAGACAAAAAGCCUCUUGCCGGGAAGAAGAAAGACAAGAAAACUGACAAAGAUGAUGAUGCCACUUCGAGCUCUGAAUCUGAAAUCGAGGAAGACGAGGAAUCUGAAAUGGAUGCAGAGCCAUCCUCGCAGCCGAUGAUGAACGGCGAUAUCGACAUUGACCUUGAUGAGGAUGAGAAUGAGGCUGCGCGUAAGCAACUGUUGGCUGAGGCAGCAGAAGAUGACUCGGACUCUGAAGAUACGGAAGAGGAGAGCGAUGAUGAUCAAAGCAAUCAAAAGAAGGCAAAAAAGAAUGGAAACGGCAAAAAGAAAAAGUCAAAAAGUCCAAAAGAUGAUGGUGACAGCGACUUUGAAACGACCAAAAAGAGCAACAGGCGAAGUAAAUUAGAACGAGCCAAGUAUGAAGAUUCGGAGGAAUCAUAUUCAGAUGUUCAACAGAAGAAAAAGAAUACCAAGAAAAGUGACAAGGAGUCUAGUCGAAAAGGACGUAAAGGGAGCGACGAUGAGGUGGACUGGUCUGGCUCAGACAAGGAGGAGUCGGAGUCCGACUCUUCUCCUGAAUCUAGUCCAGACGACAGCGGUGACGCAUCCGAUUCUGAUGUCGUGCGAAAAGCUGCCAAGAAACCGGUGAAGGGGAAACGAAAGCGUGGAAAUAAGUCCAGUUCCGAUGAUACUGACUCGAAAAAGAGAAAGAAGCGACGAAGGAUUAAGAAGAUGAGGGAUUCGUCCUUUGAGGACUCGGACGAAGAAGAGGCAAAGAUGGAAAAGAAAAAGAAGACGAAGAAAAAGAAUGGCGAGGAAGAAAGCGCUGAAGAAAUGUCAGGCGGGGAUGAUCCCGAAACACCUGGGAAGGGUCGUAAACAGAUCCGAAAGAUGUUGAAGGAGAAGAAACUUGGGGAUGAGACCAAGGCCGCGGCGAUGGCAGAGAGGGAGCGUCGAGAGAGGGUCGAGGCGAGACAGGCAAAGUAUAACGCCAUCAUGAUAGAAACGGAGACAGACGACACUUCACCAACCAAAUGUCCAAUCACGACCAAGCUGGUGCUAGAGAUAGACAAAAAGACGGAAGAGCCGUUGAUUGAGGUCAACAAGAAGCUGAUCCGUCUGCUCAAACCCCAUCAGGUGGAAGCCGUCAAGUUUCUUUGGGAUUGUGUCAUUGAGUCUGUCGACCAACACGCAAAGAGUGGAGGCUCAGGAUGUAUAUUGGCCCACUGUAUGGGUCUGGGGAAGACUCUCUCAAUGAUAACCUUUGUCCACACACUGUUGAACUACGGUGACAUUCUUCAGCUACGAACCUGCCUCGUUAUCUGUCCGCUGAACACAGUAUUGAAUUGGGAGACUGAGUGGGACAAAUGGUUUGACAAUGAUGAAGACAAAUUUGAGGUGUAUGAGUUGGGUCAUGUGAAGAAUAAUCAUCAACGUGCAGCGAUGUUGCAGGAUUGGCAGGAGAGUGGAGGUAUUCUCAUCAUCGGUUACGAGAUGUUUAGAAACUUGUGCAGAGGCAAUCACUGUCGAAAUAAGAAAUUGAAGAAGGUCUUCUUCGAGACUCUCUCUGACCCUGGACCUGACUUCAUCGUAUGCGACGAGGGCCACUUAUUGAAGAACGACCAAUCGGCGCUGUCCAAAACAUGUAACGCUGUCGCAUCAAAGAGGCGGGUGGUGUUGACUGGUACUCCUUUACAGAACAAUCUAGUCGAAUAUCAUUGUAUGGUAAACUUUGUGAAGCGCAAUCUCCUGGGUACGAAGAAAGAGUUCAGUAAUCGAUUUAUCAAUCCAAUCACAAAUGGACAGUGUGCGGACUCCACGCAACGUGACGUGCGUAUCAUGAAGAAACGUUCCCACGUUCUUCACGAGAUGUUGGACGGCUGCGUCCAACGCAGAGACUACAGCUGUUUAUCAAAAUUCCUUCCGCCGAAAUUUGAAUAUGUGAUCAGUGUGCGUCUGUCUGCGGUGCAGAUCGAGUUGUACCAAAAGUAUCUCGAUCUUAAUGUGACGUUUGACGAAAACGGGAAGAGGGCUGGUGCAAGUCUAUUCAAGGAUUAUCAGAAUCUCAUGAGGAUCUGGACGCAUCCGUGGGUACUUAAAAUGCAUCAAGACCGGCUCGAUGAGAAGGCCAUGCUGAAUGAUGAGUCGGAUGAUUUCGUCGAUGAUGAUUCCUACCAGUCUGAGGCGUCUUCCUCGGAAGAGGCGGCAUCGUCCAAGUCUGAAUCUGAUGUGAUCACUCUAGAUUCGGAUGAAGACAAGAAAAAGAAGAAACAGACCUCUAGUCGAAGAAGGAGAGGCAGUGAUGCCGGAGAUGAGGUAGUCAAUAAGUGGAAGUCGAGUACUAGAGGCGGAAACAGUCGGUCUGCAACGCCACUUCAGUCACUCGAGGAAAUCGGCAAGAAUGAGUCGGAUGAGUGGUGGGGAGAACAUGUCAAUCUUGAAGAUGACCAGUGGAAAUAUGAGCUCAGUGGGAAACUAGUGGUGCUAUUUGAAAUCAUCAGGAUGGCGGAGGAAAUCGGUGAUAAAGUGCUUGUGUUUAGCCAGAGUAUCCUCUCCCUCAACAUCAUAGAAGAUUACCUGGACUACUUCGAUAGGAGUUCUUCCGAGGUGUGUGGUCCCGGCGGUUGGAGUCAUGGCCUUGAUUACUUCCGAUUAGAUGGUACAACGAAUGCCCAAAAUCGAAAGAAGUAUGCCGAGGUGUUCAACGAUAUUGAAGACCAUAGGGCAAGAUUGUUUCUGAUCUCAACACGGGCUGGCUCUCUGGGCAUCAACCUGGUAGCCGGCAACAGGGUAGUCAUCUUUGACGCUUCUUGGAACCCGUCGUACGAUACACAGUCCAUGUUCCGAGUGUACCGUUUUGGUCAAAUAAAGCCUUGUUACAUCUACAGAUUAUUAGCCCAGGGAACGAUGGAAGAAAAAAUCUACGAGAGGCAGGUGACAAAACAGUCCCUUUCCCAGCGCGUUGUGGAUGAACAUCAAGUCGAGAGACAUUUCUCUGCUGCUGAUAUGAGAGAAUUAUACGCGUUCACGCCAGAUAAAUAUGACGCAGAGAAGGAACAACCUACGCCUAUACUACCAAAGGAUCGCUUCUUGGCAGAUAUCCUCCACUCUAAGAGUGAGUGGAUCCUCAAGUAUCAUCACCAUGACUCCUUACUCGAGAACAUUGACAAUGAGAAACUAUCUGAGGAGGACCGCAAGACGGCCUGGGAAGAGUACGAGGCGGAGAAGAAGGGCCAGUUUACCUAUUACCAGAAUCCUGGUAUGGGUAUGGGCAUGGGCAUGGGUAUGGGUAUGGAUCAACAAUCAUUCAACCUCCUUGCCCAGGGUAACAACCUGCUUCAGGCCGGUCAGCAGAGUAUGGAGACUCUGCAGGCCUACCUCCAGAACCCCACCUACAUCAAUAACAUGAUGCGCAUGAUCCUGCAGCAGAAUCCCAACCUGACCCCGAUCGAGGUGACGCAGCGCCUGCAGGCUGUGAUUAACAUGCAAAUGCAACAGCAUUCCAGUCAGAUUCGGGCCCAACAAGAACUCCACAAACAACAGAUCCAAGCCAGACAACAACAGGAGUUGCUACGGUUACAACAGAUUCAACAACAGCGACGCUUACAUGAAGACCGUAUCCGGCAACGUGAAUGGCUUGCCAGAUUACAAAAUGAAGCAUCAUCUGGGCCAAAAAUAGUUGAUUUGGUUGACGAUGAUGGCUCUUAGUUUUAGUAUUGUGUUAUCGUUAAUAAUUUAAAUCAAACACAGUCAUGACAGUUGUGAAAUCUUAUUCUUAGCCACAUAUUCUGCAACCAGUGGUGUUGCUACCAAAUUUGAAAGCUAAGAAAAGCCAUUUUGUACCAUUUGCAUUUGUUCAAUUCUUUUCACUGAUUUUUCACUUUGGAAGUGAAAGUGGGGGUUACCUGGUUUGAAUUUUAUUCAAAUCAUCAUGUUGAUUAUGAUAAAUAGCUUUUGAGAUUCAGUAAAGCCAAAGGAUUUAUAGGGAUCACUGAAUUUGUCCUUCAGAGCACCACUGAAUAUGACAAAAUAAGAAUGCUGGUCAUCUGUGUUUCAGGGCAUCGUCUGCCUGUUCUGAUUUUUUAGGUUCGUUAUAAAUCAAAAUGACUUGCAUGACAAUGUUUAUGGGCAUGGCUAUGUCCGUAAUGUUAUGGCCAAUGAAUAGGGUCCUUUUACAUGGAACUUUGGUAAUAUGCUGUGUGCAGACUUAUGUCACGGUAAUAUACAGUGUAUACCACUAGUUCAGUCUAAUGUUGCAUAAUAAUUGCGGAUUUGAUGAUCCGGAUAUAAGGUAGUGUUUGGUCACACAUCAUUUGUACCAAAAAUAUAUAAGCUUAUACCGAACAGGAGAGCAAUCUUAAGUUAAAUUGGUGUAGCCUAACUGUCAGUCAAUCACACUCUCAAUUCUCUAUGCUUCGUACUUCAUUGUGGCUUGGCUGGGGAAUGAAUAUGAUUUAUUGAGAGUUGAGAUACAUGUAGUUCCCUUUCAUAAUGAGAGUCAUUUGUAUAGUUUACAUAAUCAAUGUUUAAUUAUUAACGUAUUGUGGUUCUAAUUAUUGAAAAUUUCUUCCAAAUCAUAUUUUUCUGAUUUCAGUAUCUGUUGAGAUUCUACAUGUAUGUUAUGAUCAAUGUCUUUGUUUGUAAUAUAUGUUCGUUACAAAGUGAUUUUAUACGUACUAUUUUAGAAAAGGACCAAACAUGGUUCAUGGUCAUAAUCUCCUAGGCAUUCAUGUCUGAAAUAGUUGACCUGUGCCUCCUGGGGAAUGUCAUAAUUCUCGUAAAUGAAGAGCUUUGCUGAAUUAUUGUAUCGCUUCUUCAAGUUGUAUAGGAAUUCAACAGUGUAACAGAAUCAGAUUGGACUAUUUGCUACUGUCACUGCCAACUUCCAUUUUUGAUAAAAAAAUUAUCACAUGACAGACUAUCGAAUGGGUCUGGGUUAUUCGUGAAAUAAAACGCCGACAAAAAUGUUGCUGUUAACAGUAUCAAAGUAACUCUUGAUGGCAAUGGAAUGGUCGAGUUGUUUGAGAUGUGUUCAUGUCGUAAGGUGGUGUGCUGUGGUGAUGGUUGGAAUGUUUAUUGUCUGCUGAUCAUAGAGAUUACAUACCUUGGAACUGAUCAUUUUCUCCGUUGCUUUAAGUGCUACCAGAAUGUUGUGAAAAAAUUACUUCCCUAAAGGGUAUUUUCUGUAAAUGUUGCGAUGUUUUAUUUUCAAUUCAACACACAUGAUAGUUCAUACUCACUAAUCACCAGUUACAAGAUCUGUAAUGCUGUGGCACUGCGAUUGAUCUCAAAACGAUUAGCUUUGGGGGAGUUUUCUUGACCAAAUAUGAAAACAUGGGAAUUCAUUAAAAAUCUUGAGUAACUAAAGGGUUAAAUAGUACAUGUAUGUUUUUAAUGAGAAGAGCGUCGAACAUAUCAUACCGGUAAAUAUUCUUCCACAUAUUAAUAUUUGAAAUUUUUUGGGGGAUGUGGAGCAAGAUAGUAUGAACUCGUUAGUCAAGUUUCUUGUAAUUUAUAUCAUUGUUUUUGGAACUGAUUAUGUUCUCAUAAGUUAAAGGGAAAUAACUUGUAGUAAACACUGCAUUUAUUGAGAGUUUCCAACCAAAGUGGAACUCCUUGUCUCGGGCUUCUCCUAAGUGUAAUUUAAGGGGGAGGAUGUGUUCUUUCAGUCCAUACUUGGUCCGACCAGAGUCUUUCUAUAUCUUGUAUAGAAAGACUCUGGUCCUACCAAGAGUGAAUAAAGAUGAGAGUUCUUUUUACAUUUUGAUCUGUUAUUUGGCAUGGGAUGCCAGAUUUUGCGAUGAUCAGUGUUAAAUAAUUAAAAUAUGUCUUGUUCUUGUGAUCAAGUGUUCCCUUGUAACGUUGUUGCAAUGAAAAAAAAUAAAGAAAAUUAUGU